UUCGUCCACCAACGAUCUACCAAGUACCACUAAAAUGGCAUUCAGGCUCGUAGUUUUGUGCGCCGCUUUGGCUUGCGCCAACGCUGGAUACCUCGGCGGUUACGCUGCCGCCCCCGCUUUGGCCUACGGUGCCGCCCCUGCCUUGGCCUACGGAGCCGCUCCCGCUUUGGCCUACGGCGCCGCCGCCCCCACCCUCGGCAGCACCUACCACGGCAGACUCGCCUCCCCCGCCGUAGCUUACGCCGCCCCCGCCGCUCUCGCCGCCCCAGCCAUCACCUCCCAGCACUCCAACAUCAUCCGCAGCUUCGGCAACUUGGGACAAGUCUCCACUUACUCCAAGAGCAUCGACACCCCCUUCUCCAGCGUCCGCAAACACGACAUCCGUGUGUCCAACCCCGGAGUUAGGACCGCCAUCGCCGCCGCCCCCGCCGUAGCCUACGGAGGAUACGCCGCCCCAGCCAUCAGCACCUACCACGGAGGCUAUGCCGCCCCAGCCAUCAGUGCCUACGCCGCCCCAGCCAUCGGCGCCUAUGCUUCCCACGCCAUCGCCGCCCCAGCCGUCGGCGUCGCUUACUCCGCCGCCCCCGCCGUGUCCCACCUCACCUACGCCUCCAACUACGCCAACUACGGAUGGUAAACGUGGUAGAUCGACACAGACUGACGUCACCUAUUUAUUUAUUGACUAUUUUCUUGUUAAUUUAUGUUUCUUCAAAUAAAAGUAUAAAAUUUUAA